AUGAAGAGAACUUCAUGUAAUAAUUAUGGUUAUAAUAUGAAUGAAAAUUAUUAUUUAAAUAAUAAAAAAAAUUUUCAUAAUCCAAAUUUAUUUUUUACAUUACGUGGUAAUCAAAGAUCAAGAAGUUAUAAUAUUGAUAACAGGGAAUACCACCAACCAUCAUUAUUUAAUUAUUUUCCUCAUAAAAAUAAUGAGAAUUAUUCUAUAUUAAAUAGGAAUGCUAUUUCACAUUCUACACUUCCUACUAAAUAUUUUUCUGAAUAUAUCAAUGACAAUGAAGAUAAUAGAAAAUUUUUCAAAAAACCAUUUAAUAAUUCUAUUCGAUUUGCUCCCACUACUACAACAAUUGAUGGUGCCAAUAGAUUACACUCAAAACCACUUAAUACCAAUGAACCAUAUUUUAAUGAUACAUUUUCUAAAAAUAUUCCUCAAUGGAAGGUAUAUCAAAAAAAUGAUUCAAGAUCUUAUCCUUUAUAUCAUAAAAAUAGGAAAUAUUUAAGUUAUGAUAAUAUUUAUUCAAGAAAUAAUAAUAAACCUAUAAAUUUAUAUAAUUAUUCACCAAGAAAUUUAUUUCGAUACAUCUACAUUGAACCUCAUAAUGAAGAAUAUAAAAAUUAUUCAAAUCAACAUAUUGGAAUAUCAAAAGUUGAUUAUAUUAAUAGAAAACAACCAUCAAAUUUUUAUAAUAAUAAUGAUUCACCACUAAAUAAUAAGGAUGAUGAGAUAUAUCAUAACAAUGAAAAUGAUUUUAAAAAAAUGGCAAAAAGUAACACAAAGCAAUAUAUGGUUUAUUUUUGUUGUUUUUCAUUUAAAUGGCCUCCAUGGAGAAUUGAACCAUUAACAAUAGAUGAUAGAAAAAAUAAUUUUGAAAUGAAAGAUAUAUCAAUUAUUACAUCAAUACUUUUAUUAUUUUGUACUUCUGGAAAACCAAGAGAUAUAAAUGAUACUCAGGCAACUGGUGAAAAAAAACUUGGUUCAUUAGUAUCAUUAAGUUCUUUAGAUGAUAAAAAAACCAAAGAUACAGGAAAUAAAAUUAAAAAAAAAUUAAAAUCGACAAAUGGAAGUGUAUGUAUUAAUGAAAUAAUAAAUGAUAAUAAUAAUAAUAAUAGUAGUAAUAUCAUAAGUUCUCAAAAUGAUGAAAUAAAAAAAGAUAAAAAAAAACCAAAAAGAGAUUCAAAAAUAUCAAAUGAAAUUAGUGUAGAUAGUGCUAGUGUACUUAAAGAUAGUGCUACAUCAAUUACAAAUGUUAAUGAAGAAAUAAUAACUAUAAAUUCAAUUAUGUCACAACUUCAAAUUGAUCGUGUCAUUGAUGGUAUUGAAUAUUAUAAAAAUAAGCCAUUAAUUGAAAAAAGUACACCAAAUAAUAAACCAACAUUAGGAGCAACAAUAUUAUAUAAUACUAAUGAUGAUGUUACUUUAUCUGGAUUGAUAAAAGAUAAUGAUCAACUUGAGAAUGAUGAAAAAAUAUUACAAUGUUCAGAAAAAAUAGAUUUACUUAAUAGAAUGAUAUUAAAUGGACCAAAAAAAUUUAAUUUUACAUAUAAUGAAUUAUUAAAUUUACUUUCAAAUGCUACAACAAUAUUUGAAAGUGAAUCUUCUUUAUUGACAUGUCCAAUACCAUGUGUAAUUUAUGGUGAUAUACAUGGUCAAUAUUCUGAUUUAUUUCGAUGGUUUCAAAUUAAUGGAUGGCCUUAUAAUACAAGAACAGUCUUUUUAGGUGAUUUUGUUGAUCGUGGUACACAUGGUAUUGAAGUUCUAGGAUUAUUAUGUGCAUUUAAAGUUAAAUUUCCAAAAAAUAUUUUUAUUAUAAGAGGAAAUCAUGAGGAGGAAGCUUUAAAUAAACAUUAUAGUUUUUAUGAUGAGGUAUUAUUACGUUUUGGUAAAAUAAAUGGUCAAGAAAUGUAUAAAGCAUUUAGAAAAUUAUUCUCCUACCUACCAUUAGCUGUUUUAAUUGGAAAAAGGGUUUUGGCAAUGCAUGGAGGAUUAUCACCAAAAUUAAAUUCAUUAAAAUGUAUUGAAGAUAUUAAAAGACCUAUUGUUGAUUUUAAAGUUAAUACAUUACCAUGUGAUUUAGUAUGGUCUGAUCCAAAUAAUGUAUGUAAAGAUUCAGGAUACCUACCAAAUUUUAAUCGUGAUCCUAUAAAUAGUGUUGGUCAAUUAUUUGGAAAAAAAGCAGUUGAAAAUACUUUUCAAAAAUUAAAUAUUGAUAUGGUUAUCCGAGGUCAUCAAGUACCAUUAAAAGGAAGUUCCCUAUUUUUAGAUGGAAAGAUAAUGACACUUUUUUCAGCUCCAGGAUAUCGUGGAAAAAAUAUUGAUACAAUAAAUUUUGGUGCUAGUUGUUAUAUUGAUGAAGACUUUGUAAUAACAUUAAAAAAAAUUAAAGUAACAAAGAAAUAUAGAGAUAAUAGAAAAGCUGAGGUUGCUUUACAAAUGAGAAGAAGAAAAUUAAAUAUAAAAAUGUCAAAUAAUUCUGUUUCAGAAUCAGAAAAAAGUGACUCACAGAAGGCUUAA